GAUCCAAAUAAGCCCUACGACAUUCAAACAAUGAGUGGAAACUAUACCAAGACGUGGCCGACGUUUAAUACAAGAACUGAACUCUCACUGCGAAUAAAAUACAGUGGCCGACUUGGGAAUUCCGCCAGUACCUGGGCGAUGGCCAGAUAUCCCGAGGUCUUGAUGGCCGAUGCCAGUCCAGUAGGGUUCGAGCCUCUGAAGGAGUGCUGGUGCCAUUCCGUGAUCUUUGGCGCACACCACAUUGUGGAGCCUACCAGUCUUAGUAGAACCACUGAAAAGGCCUCGGCUCACUUUAUGGGUGGUGCUAAGACGGCAUUAAUUUCGGUUCGUUGUCUCAACGCCUCCAUGUUCGUGGUUGGUCUGAGCGUGGAAAAAUACGAGGUCUCAACGGGUAUAGUUUCCAACGCCGCCUGCACAUCAAAUGGCCCAGUUCCCAUGGCAAAGGUCGUCAAAGAUAAUUUUGGAAUUGUGGGGUGUCUCAUGGCAGCCGUUCAUCCCGAAUUUACGGUACCGUCUCCAUUAAUCAAGGAGGCUAGGGAAGGUGACAAGCGAGUCCUCCUACUUACAAUCAUUGUCGGCCUCUCUCUCUUUCUCCUUAACGUUGUCUUCACCACAACCUUCUAUUUCUUUCUUCAACAACGAAAAGUACGAGCCAACAGCACCCUUAUUGCAGCUUCCGAAGCUGACCAAGGCGAAAACAAAAACGACCAAAUCACUAAGCCCGUUAAUGAAAAUUCACGAUAUCCCCAACAAGUGGUGACGUUAUCAGGACUUGAGUGUGCCAUGGAAACAGAGUUCCAAGCAACAGCAGCUGCAGCAGCGACGAUGUCGACCGACUUCCACAGAGUUACUUUUGGGGCGCUACAGCAAACCUCUACUCCGCACAGACAUUCCACACUGAAUGUGUACCAGUCUGGAAGUAAUAGGACGACGCCUUUAUUAAACCGACAAAUCUUGGCCACGCUGGACCCCAAUUGGAAUAGAGGUGCAUCCGGAGGACCCAGUUUCAGCAUUAUUUGA